AAAUAGUAUUUUGGAGUCAAUAGAAUUCAUUCGUUGUUUCAUCCUCUGAUAAGUUGAAUCUUUGCUACAAUUUUUUCAGUGAACGAUCAAAAUGAAGUCGAGUAUCGUAUUUUGCAUUGUUUUGGCAGUAGUUGUGCCAAUUUUCGGUGCUCCAAACUCAAAGGAUGGAAACACAAAACGUUAUCACAUGGAACCAUUUUUUAAGACCAACUGGUACCGCUCGAUGGCAUUUUGUCAUAAUAUGGGCAUGCGUUUGAUUAGCAUUCAAUCGGAAGAAGAACAAGAAAAGAUUGUGAACAUUAUCAACGAAGCCGGUCACCAUGAUGAGAGUUUCUGGAUGGCAGCUACAAAUUUGGGCGAUACAAUUUUCUAUUGGUUUGACACGGGCAAAAAAAUAUCAUUCAAGAAUUGGGCUCGCGGUGAACCAGAUAAUGAUCGAAGACAAUGCAUUGCUUUAUAUAACGAAAAAGAACUUCUUUGGAAUGAUAUCGAUUGCAAUGAACAACAUCGCAUUAUCUGCGAAGAAGACAUUAAAACCAAUUCCAUUUAAUUUAAUCCAUUUUGUAGAUACUGUACUGCACAAGAAAAUAUUAAAAGAUAAAAUUAAAUUGCA